GGGCGAUAGGCGGGGGCGGCCACCUUCUCAUGGGCCAUUUUGGCCGUUAUUCAUCCACCACCCCCCCCAAAAAAGUAAAAGCAAAAUAAGGAAGAACAAAAACAGAGAACAACAACAAAACAAAAAACAAAAAGAGAGAGGGGACAAGGGGGGGGGGAAGAGACAGAAAGAGAGAGAGAGAGACAGAAAAGACGGGAUAGAAAGCUAGCGCCCGUUAUCAUAACGGGCUUAAAAAUACUAGUUGCAUCAUAAUUCUGAUGUUUGAGAUACAAGCCAACUUCACAGGGUUGUUGUGAGGAAAAAACACAUUUGUUUCAGUCAGAUUAUGUUGUGGGGCGGCGGGUGGGGGGGUGGCGCGAUUUCAGUGCUUGCCCCAGGCGCCGUUUUUCCUAUUUACGCCUCUGUCUCCAGUUUUCUGUCUCAUUUCGAACAGUUCGGUCCUCACGUGAAAAUUGAAAGGAAACCGAAACAUGGUUGGCAGUAAUGUGAGUGGGAAUCGCUACAAGUGAAGACUUUAUUUUUCGAAAGGAGACUGAAAUUUGGUUUGGCAGUCAUGUGAGUAUGGAUCUAGAUUGAAUUAUUCAUGAGGGUGGAGUCCGACUAGGCAGCAAUAGGAUCAUCAGCAGGAGGUGGAGUGAGAUCGGAUCUUUUUGCACUUGUGGAGAAAAUAUUUACUCUGCUGAAGGAAAUAAAUUGAGAGACAUAGAAAUAAAUUAAAAGAGUGCUUCAGAAUGUGGGAAAGACAGGAUACGGGAAAAGUUCAGCUUUAUUUCUCAGGAUCUGAGGAUGAGGCGUUUUCUGACCGAUCCCCAGCACAACCCCCACCACAACCCCCUGUUUGACACCAUUUCUUGGGCAGCAGCACAGUCCGCACCAGCAAGAGGAUUGAAAUCGAGCCCUUGAGGAAGAAAUGUGCACUCUGUUCAAGAGGGACAGAAAAGAAAUUCGAAAGAAACGUGGUGACACACGCACAAGCCAGAAAGUGCGGUUUUUCUUUCGCUCUUAGUGGCAGUCUUUUAGCUUGGGCGGGAAACUUUCUGUCUCCUUUCUGGGCGGGGCAAAGGUUUUAUAAGGUGACGGCUGCAGCCGACGGCUCAGGACCGCUGGCGAGAAGGCUUUUUAAAAUGACACCUGUGGGCCGUCCUCCCACUGCGAGCUCUGAUGCAUGGGUGGCUACUCCUCCCUCGCAAGCACACGAAGACGGGCCCGUCACCCGCCUCGACCUGCCCGCAAUGCGAGGGAACGGAAAUCUACCACCACCAACACCAGCAGGAGCAGCAGCAGCAGAUGGAGCUGCGGCAGUGCCCAGAGGACCGAGAGGACCGAUGACGGCGACAAUUAAUCACCUCCUCGACCUGUCCGCCAUGCGAAGACAACCAACACCACCAAGACCACCACCACCACCAGCAGAUGGAGUUGGAGCAGUAGCUGAAGCAUCAAUGCCGAGAGAAACGGGAGAACCGAUGAAGGAAAUGAAAGAAACGUCAGAAGAUCCUCGGGAGAAGGUGGAUCGGAUCGGAAGUGGCUAUUCCAGGAUCCCCCUCGCUGCUGGCACGCUUAGGAUCGUCACAACACCGGCCGCCGGUUGUCAUCUAGCGUGGACUGGUGCCAGCGGUGGCUGCAGCUUCACAGGGAGGAGGCGAGGCGAUGCCUCCCCACCAUCGCAAGGCACAUGAUGCGGCCCUCCAUCGGGUCGCUUCAUCUCCUGCUACUGCCGCUGGAGGGCGUCUAGUGCACGCGUGGGAGAUCCUCAAUAAAGAAACAGUUCUGCUAAACGUGGAUCCCUGACUCUGUCUCCAAGCGUGGCUGCUGCUGCUUGCUUCCGCUUAUCUUUCGGGUGCUGCGGCUGAAAAGACAUUUAAAGGGGAAAGACACCUAGUAAGUAAUGAAUGUCUUUCAGCUAACCAAGCUGCAAUUCAGGGCCACACGAUAAUGAAGGGGGCCGUUUUAAAAGCAGGGGGAUACUAUUACGGUGACCAGCUGGUGCUGGCAAAAGUCUGCCAUGUCAUUCUUCAUUUUGUAUUUGGUUCUGUUUGUGGGAGUGCUUUAAAAUGGUGGUCUUCAAACAAAUUGUUUUGUUAAAAGCUCAGCAACAGGUUACAAAAUCAGCCCAGGAAAUGGGAACAUUUGGUGUCGGAACCAACUAGAGGGAAGGUGACCUUGGACUUAAUCCUGAAAGGUACCCAGGAGAAAUAAAGGGGGGGGGGGGAUGAGCAGAGGCACACCGGCUCUAGACAGAGCCCCAGUGCUCAGAAAAGGUUCCAACUCCACGUUUUCCGAACAGCCUUCGCUCGGCAAGGGCUCUUUGCCUCCGCUGUCUUUAUUUCAGCCACUUGUGAGCAACAGAGCAGCCUGGAGAGAUGCCCGAGCCCGGAUUUCUCUUCUGCCAGGUUGUGUGUGUGUGUGUGGGGGGGGGGUGUCGUCCAGCAGCACCCCAAUCCUCCCUUGCUGAAGGCAAGCUCGUCUCUCUGAAAGGCAGCCCCCCUCCCUCUGAGGUGAGGCAAUGGGGCAAGGCGAUGGGGAAAGCGAAAGUGACUGUGGCACCGAGAUCGGGAGAGGCAAGAGCAGCGGCAUGGCCACUUAGAGAGAGGGACACCUUCAGAGUCAGGGUUGAGCAGAGGCACGUCUUUAUUGAGGCUCCAUCACCCAUGCACACACACCCAGAGGCUUAACUAGGGAAAAUGGCGCCUCGGGCAAGCACCGAAAUCCCCCCCCCCCCACAUCUGACACCCAUCUUUCAGAAAACUUGUUUUCAUGUGUUGCUGCUGUUUGUAGAGAAAAGAAAAAGGAGAUGUGGUAUGUUCUUAUUUUCUCUAAACCAUACUGUGUGUGAUCAUGAACCGUUAAACAUUUGGAUUUAACUGUAGUUCAUCAGUAUUUUUUAACUCUUUGUUUCAGUUAUAGACUUAAUAUUUUGAAUAACUGGGGGUUGAUUUGACCACAUUUGAAGCACAUGUGUUUCCAGGAGCUGACCCAACAUUAACACAAUUAAUGUGUCUCAUGAAACAAAACAACUUGACAAUGUAAUACAGGUUAUUAUGCCCUUGAAAAUGUCAUGUGGAGUUGCUUUCACAAAAACAUUUUGCUAUGUGAUGGUAAUGUUGAGCUGACCUGUUUAACCUGCAGUCUGCCUGUGUGAGUAGAUUCAAAUAUAUGGAUAAUCGCAUUUUAACUUUUGUGUUUGGUAAGAAAUAUAGUUCAUUAUUCAGUUGUUAUUUUUACUCAACAAAUAGU